UUUGAGUAAAAUGUCCAUGGAUAUAACAUUUCUGGGGACGGGGGCUGCAUACCCAUCUCCAACGAGAGGGGCCUCGGCUACGGUAAUCCGUUUUGAAGGGGAAUGCUGGCUGUUUGAUUGUGGCGAAGGAACCCAGACACAAUUUAUGAAGAGUAAUCUCAAAGCAGGCAAGAUUACCAAGAUUUUUAUAACUCAUCUGCAUGGGGACCACGUCUUUGGCCUUCCGGGACUGUUGUGUACAAUCAGCCUGCAGUGUAGUCCUGACGCCCGCAAGCUGCCGGUGGAUAUUUACGGACCCCUUGGGCUAAAGGAUUUUCUCCAGACAGUCAUGGCGCUUUCCCGUUCUCAGCUGCUUUUCCCUUACGUUGUCCACGAACUGGUUCCCACUUGCAACCAGUGCCCUGAGGAAGAAUGGGCUGACGUGUUUGCUGGGAAGCGAGGUGAGGCCAGCUGUCCAGAGCCACCAGGAGACGUUAUUCACCUGAAUCUCGCAGACGACUCGUACUUCUUGGAGGACGGUGGGCCCGUCGUGAUGAAGGCUUUCAGACUGUUUCAUCGUAUACCUUCUUUUGGGUUUCUGGUCGAAGAGAAGCCACGGACCGGCAAGCUCAACGCUCAGAAAUUGAAAGAAUUAGGAAUUCUGCCGGGCCCCUUAUAUGGGAAAUUGAAAGAAGGUGUUCCGAUUACUCUGGAAAAUGGGACAAUCGUCUCUCCUACGGAUGUCUUAGGAAAUCCUUUUCCUGGAAGAAAAAUUUGCAUUUUAGGAGAUUGCUCGGGUGUGGUUGGGGACGGAGUGAGGUUGCUUUGCUCUGAAGCCGAUGUCUUGAUUCAUGAGGCCACGCUGGAUGACAGCCAGGUGGACAAAGCCAAAGAACGUGGCCACAGCACGCCGAAAAUGGCAGCAGAAUUUGCUAAGCUGUGCAAAGCGAGGAAGUUGGUCCUCUCUCAUUUUAGUCAAAGAUACAAGCCUGCAAAUCAGAUGGGGGAAGGAGAUGCAGACGUUACAGAGCUGAAAAAGCAAGCUGAGAUGGUUUUGAAUGGUCAAGAAGUGGUAUUGGCCGAGGAUUUUAUGACAAUUAGUAUUGCAGUUAAAAAAUCAAAAUAGGACUGCUGGACAACAAAAUGGAAAUUGGCAGGUAUGCAAAAAUUCCAGCUGUGAUUUUCUUUCAGGUGAUCAUCUUGGAAGAGACUGAAGGAAAUUCGGUUUGAAUUAAAGGAUGAGCCUCUUCUUAUGAACAUCUGUUCUUUAUUGCAUCCAAUAUUUCUGAUGCAUUUGUAAUGUUGACAAAUGUGCUUUUUUAUGUGCAAGGCCUUUGCAAGAGGGAUUCCUUCCUUGUAAGACAAACUCUGUGUGUUUUAGUUAUUUGGAACCGAGGACUUCAUGAACGAAGGCUGCGGUUUUUUUAAACGCUCAGUAACACAUGGGAAUAAUUGAAGUUAGGGGUGGAAAACAUGGUUUGAGGAAACAUGCACCUAUUCAGUUGGGAGAUUUGUCCUCUUAAUGCAGAGUGCAUAAGAGUGUGCCAAGAAUGAAUUUGAACAAUCAGCAUUUUCUGGAAGUGUAAUAAAUGCAGAAUACUUAUGCUGAAAAUAUGAAAUAC